CCUUAAGCCUAAGCUUACAUAGCAUCAUAUCAAAAUUUUAAGUUAUUUUAUCCACCUUUUUAUAUAUAUUUUUGCAAUUUUAAAAUACCUAGUAAAAAUAAGCCAUGCGAGACCAGGGAGCGCCAGUGAAGGCCACUUGGUAUACCAAUCUAUCUGACUUUCAGGUGCAGGCCAUCGAGGCUCUGGCCUUCUCAAUCCGGGACGAUCAUGCUGAGGCUACGGUUUACCGCACCCAAUUCUGUCUGAGGCGCUUGGGAGUCACACCCAUGGUGAAGGCGAAGAUGUUGCACAAGUUGAUCACCGUUUGCCGCAACAGUGACGUGGCAUUUCUUUACUUUCUCCUUGAGGCAUGCUACAAAGGUGCAGGCUUUGCGUACAGCGAAAAAAUCAUAAUGUCAGCCCUUACCUUUCUGGACUUGGAAAUAACUAUGCGUGAAUUGGAUCGCAUUCUGCCGAAAGGAGUUGAGCGUCAAAAAAAGAAAUCAAUAGAACCUGCGAUUACCCUCAGAUCUACUCUGACACCCUCAACGCACAGGGUAUCAGACUUUAAGAACGUUCGAUCGCCCUACUUUACACCAUUGCCCAAGCCAAAGGUUCCCAAGAGUAGCGAAAAGUACUCCUCGAAACACCCUUAUCUCGUGGUGACCUUUCCCUUCUGGCCAGCCGGAGAGAGGCCCAACUACAGGGUGAACGACGAGAAACGCUGGUUUGCCAAGCACACUUUCCAGCCGGUGAAGCGAUUACUCUUCGAUAUGGUGGGCGAUAUUAUGACUGACUAUUUUAGGGCAAUAGAUUGCCUUCUGCCAGGGGAGGAGAAGGAGGAAGACGAAACGAAGCCCAUGUGUGAGGUCCACAAGGAGGCACGGCGACAGGAGCAGCUGGUAAAGGAUGCCGCUGUGGUCAAGGCACAUAAACAGUGUCUGGCUCUCGUGGAUGUGACUUCCCGGCAGGAUGCUGUUCUUAAGAAGCGCAUAGUAGCCCAGUUGGAUCGGGACAUUGAAGAGUGCACCCUGCGAUGGAAACGACUACGUGAGCGCCAUCACACGGAUAUGAUGUUGCUGGAAGAUCAUGACCAGAUCUGCUCGAUGGGCAAGGUACCGACCACUGUGCAGACGAGCAAGGUGAAGUACCUAUCCCAGGAGGCGGACAUAGGUCGUCUGAAUGUUAAGCCCACUCUGGGUGUCCACGUGAUUACCGGUAAGGACACCGUGAGUCGGCUGAGCACAGUACGGGUGUCAGAUCCAGAAGAUGACAUCCCUUGUCCGAUGGUUCCUCAUGAGGAGAAGCUCUCCCGAUGCCCACCAACUAAACUUGGAAGCAUCAAGCGUCCCCGGAAGGUGGUCAUCACGCAGACGAAGUUCGGCGAUAAUAACCAAGACGUUUGUGUGAAGACUUCGAAGCAGGGACGCCUUUUUGUCAGUAAUCAGCGGCACAAGCCGUUUGUAUUCAACUACCACGAGGUGGCACCGCGGAACCAGGAUCCCGCGCCCAGGGAUGUGAUUCGCGGCGAAGCCAUUCGCACUCUGAAGGAGGAAAGUUGUCCCUCCAGCGAGGAUGGUUACAACGAACGUAUCAAUUCCCGGGACCAGGUGGUGGCGGCCAUUGUGAAAUGUGCCGAGAAAAUGUGGUUCGGCUCCUUGGAGGCCCAUCAACGGGACCAGGAGUCUAUAAUAUCCGAAAAACCUAAAUUUUCGGACGAAAAAGACGAGCCGCCCCAGAUUUGUGGCGAUAGGUUUGAUGAUCUACAAUGGACCAAGGACAUUAAGAAAUUCGAUCCCAACAAUCAUCAUCUGAUGGAGCGAUUGUUGAGGGAUGGAUUUUCCAUACUGCGUCGGGAUCCACGCCUCGUCUUUGCCUCGUUUCCCGAUGCCCACAAGUCAUUCGUGAUGAUGGAGUGGAUAAAGCGUCGGUAUGGAAAGGUGUACUAUCAGCAGGAGAUUGGCAAGAUGAUCAAUAAGGGACUAAGCACCUUUUUCCUUGUGGAAAGGCAACUGGCCAAUGCACCUAGUGCUAAUCGAGAAGGUUUCUCCGCUGAUGACACCUACAAAGACAGUGCACGUCUGAGAAGGUUAGCCAAGAAAUUAAAAGAUCAAUAUCGAAUGCCGCUCAACGAUAAAAUUAUGAACCUGACCGGAAUUUGUUGGAAUGCAAUGAGCCCCCACUUGGUCAGAAAGGCCUCCUUGCUCAAUAGUUUCUUCGCCUAUCUGCCAGUUCGUUAUGCGGAUAUGUUAAGAUAGUAUUGAAAAACCAAAUCUUGGUAAAUACUUUUUCAUGUUUUUAAAUUGUUUGUUACCCAAAUUUGUAGUGAUUUACAUGUUUUACAUUAUUGUGUAUUUGUUUAUUGAUGCGAAUUAUAAUAUGUAUGGAUUUGCUUUCCUUAAAA